AAUAGCUGCUAGUUAUCUAAUUUGGAAAAACCGAUAAGAAAGUGAUCGAAGAUCUGAAGGUCACAUAAUAAUAAAAAGAGAUAGAUAAAAUCAAACACGGAAUUGGUCUGAUCUGAGAAUCUGAGAGAGAAUGGGGAUCAGGUUCAUAUUGAUGGUGAACAAACAAGGGCAAACCCGUCUGGCCCAAUAUUACGAAUACCUUACCCUUGAAGAGCGUCGUGCCCUUGAAGGUGAAAUCGUUCGCAAGUGCCUCGCUCGUAACGAACAACAGUGUUCAUUCGUAGAACAUCGGAACUACAAGAUUGUGUAUAGACGUUAUGCCUCAUUGUUCUUUCUAGUUGGAGUCGACAAUGAAGAAAAUGAGCUGGCGAUAUUGGAAUUCAUACAUCUCUUAGUUGAAACUAUGGAUCGCCAUUUUGGCAAUGUGUGUGAGUUGGACAUAAUGUUUCAUUUGGAGAAAGCUCAUUUUAUGCUAGAAGAGAUGGUGAUGAAUGGAUGUAUUGUCGAGACAAGCAAGACUAACAUACUGGCACCCAUACAACUCUUGGACAAAGCAUCAUAGCAAGUUUAAGGUUUUUUUGGUUUUUUGAAUUUAAAAUGUAAUCUUUGUUGUAAUGACCAGCUAUUCCGUUCGUAUAACUAUAAAGAGUGUGUUAUUUUAUUGCUGAAUCAAAGGUUACUGGGUUAGUUCAUUACUUUAAA